GCCGGUGUGACGUCAUCAGCGCCGAGUCAGGGGGAACGCAGCGUGCUGCAGUGUGAGUACCGCAGACAUGCCCAUGUACAGAGUGCAGCAAUACAACAGCGGGGACAUCCAGGUAGAUCUGCCCAGCUGCAUGUACAGGCUGCCCAACCUCCACCAGCCCAUCACUGGACACCAUGAGCAGGAGCCAGCUGAUCCAGCUUUUCAAGCCCUGGAGUCCAGGCAAGAAGACAUCUUGAAGCGCCUCUAUGAGCUGAAAGCUGCGGUUGAUGGCCUUUCAAAGAUGAUCCAGACUCCAGAUGCAGAUCUUGAUGUGACAGAGAUUAUUCAAGCAGAUUCGUCGGCAGCUCCGGCCGCUCAGACAGCAGACCUUGAUGCUAUACUUGGAAAAGAUUAUGGGGCUCUGAGAGAUAUUGUCGUCAAUGCAAAUCCUGCUGUGCCUCCACUUUCCCUGCUGAUCCUGCACAGCCUGCUGUGUGAACGCUACCAGGUGCUGUCAGCAGUACACACACAUUCUUCUGUCACCAACAUCCCAGAACCUCUUCUGAAAUGCUUUGGGGAUCAAUUGAAUAAAAAGUAUCGCCAGGAAUAUCAGCUUGGCUUCACUCUCAUUUGGAAAGAUGUGCCCAAACCACAGAUGAAAUUCAGCAUUCAAAAUAUGUGUCCUAUUGAAGGAGAAGGCAACAUAGCUCGUUUCCUGUUCUCCCUCUUAGGCAACUCUUAUAAUGCUGUUACAGCUACACUGAUUGAUAGCUGGGUGGACACCGCCAUCUUCCAACUCAGAGAAGGUAGCAGUAAAGAGAAAGCGGCUGUUUUCCGGGCCUUGAACUCUGCAUUAGGCAAGGCUCCCUGGCUAGUGGGAAAUGAACUGACCAUUGCAGACAUCGUCAGUUGGUGUGCCAUUCAGCAGUCUGGUAGCUCGGCUGCCAUUCCAGCAAAUGUGGAGAAAUGGAUGAAAUCUUGUGAAAACCUCACAUCCUUCCAUUCAGUGCUGAAGUUAUUAAAGUAAUAAGCCUAGAAAAAGUUUUGUGGGUAAGCACAGUGAGUUAGAGCAGGUCCCUAAUAACAAUAAUAAACGUGCAAACCGUUAAUGGGUAAUAUUCUAUGGAGUUCCUUCCUAAGUGCAUGUCACCUAUUUAAGGGCACCAUGAAAAUUGCCAUUUUAUACAAAAUGGUUCUCCAAUAAAAUAAUUUUACAACUUUG